AUGGCCUUAGAAACGGAGGAGCAGCAGCUUCAGCAGGAUCGGCAGCAUCAACUGGCGCUGGUAAUGGACUCACAGGAUACGGUCUUGGAAAUCAAGGAGCAUGGUUUCCUAGGUCAAGCGAACGGAGGAUCAGCAGCUUCAGCAGGAUCUGCAGCAUCAGCUAGCGCUGGUAAUGGAGUUUCAGGAUUUGGUCCCGGAAAUCAAAGAGCAGUAGCAUCAGCAAAUUCUGCCGCACAAUCAAGUGCUAAUGACUUUGGAAAUGGCCUUAGAAACGAAGGAGCAGCAGCUUCAGCAGGUUCGGCAGCAUCAACUGGCGCUGGAUACGGUCUUGAAACUCAAGGAGCAGGACAAUUAAAUGCUGGCAGUGGUUUCCUAGGUCAAGCGAACGGAGGAUCAGCAGCUUCAGCAGGAUCGGCAGCAUCAACUGGCGCUGGUAAUGGACUCACAGGAUACGGUCUUGGAAAUCAAGGAGCAGUAGCAUCAGCAAAUUCUGCCGCACAAUCAAGUGCUUAUGACUUUGGAAACGCCCUUAGAAACGGAGGAGCAGCAGCUUCAGCAGGAUCGGCAGCAUCAACUGGCGCUGGUAAUGGACUCACAGGAUACGGUCUUGGAUCUCAAGGAGCAGGACAAUUUAAUGCUGGCAGUGGUUUCUUAGGUCAAGCGAACGGAGGAUCAGCAGCUUCAGCAGGAUCUGCAGCAUCAACUAGCGCUGGGAAUGGAGUUUCAGGAUUCGGCCCCGGAAAUCAAAGAGCAGUAGCAUCAGCAAAUUCUGCGGCACAAUCAAGUGCUAUUGACUUUGGAAACGGCCUUAGAAACGAAGGAGCAGCAGCUUCAGCAGCAUCGGCAACAUCAACUGGCGCUGGAUUCGGUCCCGGAAAUCAAAGAGCAGUAGCAUCAGCAAAUUCUGCCGCACAAUCAAGUGCUAAUGACUUUGGAAACGGCGUAAGAAACGGAGGAGCAGCAGCUUCAGCAGGAUCUGCAGCAUCAACUAGCGCUGGUAAUGGAGUUUCAGGAUUCGGUCCCGGUAAUCAAAGAGCAGUAGCAUCAGCAAAUUCUGCCGCCCAAUCAAGUGCUUAUGACUUUGGAAACGGCCUUAGAAACGGAGGAGCAGCAGCUUCAGCAGGAUCGGCAGCAUCAACUGGCGCUGGUAAUGGAAUUUCAGGAUUCGGUCUCGGAAAUCAAAGAGCAGUAGCAUCAGCAAAUUCUGCCGCACAAUCAAGUGCUAAUGGCUUUAGAAACGGCCUUAGAAACGGAGGAGCAGCAGCUUCAGCAGGAUCGGCAGCAUCAACUGGCGCUGGUAAUGGACUCACAGGAUUCGGUCUCGGAAAUCAAAGAACAGUAGCAUCAGCAAAUUCUGCCGCACAAUCAAGUGCUAAUGGCUUUAGAAACGGCCUUAGAAACGGAGGAGCAGCAGCUUCAGCAGGAUCGGCAGCAUCAACUGGCGCUGGUAAUGGAGUGUUUAGAAAUGGUCCUGUGGAUCAAGGAGCAGGGGCUAGAGCAUCAUCUGAAGCACACUCAAAUGCUUAUAACUACAGACGCGGAGAAUUCUUUGGGCCUUAUGGCAUUCAAAAAAUCUAUUAUCUACCUCCUCCUCUGAAGCACAAUCAAGUGCUUAUGACUUUGGAAAUGGCCUUAGAAACGGAGGAGCAGCAGCUUCAGCAGGAUCGGCAGCAUCAACUGGCGCUGGUAAUGGACUCACAGGAUACGGUCUUGGAAAUCAAGGAGCAAAACGGAGGAGCAGCAGCUGCAGCAGGAUCAGCAGCAUCAACUGGCGCUGGUAAUGGACUCACAGGAUACGGUCUUGGAUCUCAAGGAGCAGGACAAUUUAAUGCUGGCAGUGGUUUCUUAGGUCAAGCGAACGGAGGAUCAGCAGCUUCAGCAGGAUCUGCAGCAUCAACUAGCGCUGCAGCUUCAGCAGGAUCGGCAGCAUCAACUGGCGCUGGUAAUGGACUCACAGGAUACGGUCUUGGAAAUCAAGGAGCAGGACAAUUGAAUGCUGGCAGUGGUUUCUUAGGUCAAGCGAACGGAGGAUCAGCAGCUUCAGCAGGAUCUGCAGCAUCAACUAGCGCUGGUAAUGGAGUUUCAGGAUUCGGUCCCGGAAAUCAAAGAGCAGUAGCAUCAGCAAAUUCUGCCGCACAAUCAAGUGCUAAUGACUUUAGAAACGGCCUGAGAAACGGAGGAGCAGCAGCUUCAGCAGGAUCGGCAGCAUCAACUAGCGCUGGUAAUGGAGUGUUUGGAAAUGGUCCUGUGGAUCAAGGAGCAGGGGCUAGAGCAUCAUCUGAAGCACACUCAAAUGCUUAUAACUACAGACGCGGAGAAUUCUUUGGGCCUUAUGGCAUUCAAAAAAUCUAUGUAGAUACCGACUACCUACCAGCAUAUGAAUCAAUAAAUUCCGCAGUAUCUACCUCUUCCUCUGAAGCACAAUCAAGUGCUAAUGACUUUGGAAAUGGCCUUAGAAACGGAGGAGCAGCAGCUUCAGCAGGAUCGGCAGCAUCAACUGGCGCUGGAGCAGCAGCUUCAGCAGGAUCUGCAGCAUCAACUAGCGCUGCAGCUUCAGCAGGAUCGGCAGCAUCAACUGGCGCUGGUAAUGGACUCACAGGAUACGGUCUUGGAUCUCAAGGAGCAGGACAAUUUAAUGCUGGCAGUGGUUUCUUAGGUCAAGCGAACGGAGGAUCAGCAGCUUCAGCAGGAUCUACAGCAUCAACUAGCGCUGGUAAUGGAGUUUCAGGAUUCGGUCCUGGAAAUCAAAGAGCAGUAGCAUCAGCAAAUUCUGCCGCACAAUCAAGUGCUAAUGACUUUAGAAACGGCCUUAGAAACGGAGGAGCAGCAGCUUCAGCAGGAUCGGCAGCAUCAACCGGCGCUGGUAAUGGAGUGUUUGGAAAUGGUCCUUUGGAUCAAGGAGCAGGGGCUAGAGCAUCAUCUGAAGCACACUCAAAUGCUUAUAACUACAGACGCGGAGAAUUCUUUGGGCCUUAUGGCAUUCAAAAAAUCUAUGUAGAUACCGACUACCUACCAGCAUAUGAAUCAAUAAAUUCCGCAGUAUCUACCUCCUCCUCUGAAGCACAAUCAAGUGCUAAUGACUUUGGAAAUGGCCUUAGAAACGGAGGAGCAGCAGCUUCAGCAGGAUCGGCAGCAUUAACUGGCGCUGGAUUCGGUCCCGGAAAUCAAAGAGCAGUAGCAUCAGCAAAUUCUGCCGCCCAAUCAAAUGCUUAUGACUUUGGAAACGGCCUUAGAAACGGAGGAGCAGCAGCUUCAGCAGGAUCUGCAGCAUCACCUAGCGCUGGUAAUGGAGUUUCAGGAUUCGGUCCCGGAAAUCAAAGAGCAGUAGCAACUGCAAAUUCUGCCGCCCAAUCAAGUGCUUAUGACUUUGGAAACGGCCUUAGAAACGGAGGAGCAGUAGCUUCAGCAGGAUCUGCAGCAUCAACUAGCGCUGGUAAUGGAGUUUCAGGAUUCGGUCCCGGAAAUCAAAGAGCAGUAGCAUCAGCAAAUUCUGCCGCACAAUCAAGUGCUUAUGACUUUGGAAAUGGCCUUAGAAACGGAGGAGCAGCAGCUUCAGCAGGAUCGGCAGCAUCAACUGGCGCUGGAUACGGUCUUGGAAAUCAAGGAGCAGGACAAUUGAAUGCUGGCAGUGGUUUCUUAGGUCAAGCGAACGGAGUAUCAGCAGCUUCAGCAGGAUCUGCAGCAUCAACUAGCGCUGGUAAUGGAGUUUCAGGAUUCGGUCCCGGAAAUCAAAGAGCAGUAGCAUCAGCAAAUUCUGCCGCACAAUCAAGUGCUAAUUACUUUAGAAACGGCCUGAGAAACGGAGGAGCAGCAGCUUCAGCAGGAUCGGCAGCAUCAACUAGCGCUGGUAAUGGAGUGUUUGGAAAUGGUCCUGUGGAUCAAGGAGCAGGGGCUAGAGCAUCAUCUGAAGCACACUCAAAUGCUUAUAACUACAGACGCGGAGAAUUCUUUGGGCCUUAUGGCAUUCAAAAAAUCUAUGUAGAUACCGACUACCUACCAGCAUAUGAAUCAAUAAAUUCCGCAGUAUCUACCUCCUCCUCUGAAGCACAAUCAAGUGCUAAUGACUUUGGAAAUGGCCUUAGAAACGGAGGAGCAGCAGCUUCAGCAGGAUCGGCAGCAUCAACUGGCGCUGAAUUCGGUCCCGGAAAUCAAAGAGCAGUAGCAUCAGCAAAUUCUGCCGCCCAAUCAAGUGCUUAUGACUUUGGAAACGGCCUUAGAAACGGAGGAGCAGCAGCUUCAGCAGGAUCUGCAGCAUCAACUAGCGCUGCAGCUUCAGCAGGAUCGGCAGCAUCAACUGGCGCUGGUAAUGGACUCACAGGAUACGGUCUUGGAAAUCAAGGAGCAGUAGCAUCAGCAAAUUCUCAGCAGCUUCAGCAGGAUCGGCAGCAUCAACUGGCGCUGGUAAUGGACUCACAGGAUACGGUCUUGGAAAUCAAGGAGCAAAACGGAGGAGCAGCAGCUUCAGCAGGAUCGGCAGCAUCAACUGGCGCUGGUAAUGGACUUACAGGAUACGGUCUUGGAAAUCAAGGAGCAGGACAAUUGAAUGCUGGCAGUGGUUUCUUAGGUCAAGCGAACGGAGGAUCAGCAGCUUCAGCAGGAUCUGCAGCAUCAACUAGCGCUGGUAAUGGAGUUUCAGGAUUCGGUCCCGGAAAUCAAAGAGCAGUAGCAUCAGCAAAUUCUGCCGCACAAUCAAGUGCUAAUGACUUUAGAAACGGCCUGAGAAACGGAGGAGCAGCAGCUUCAGCAGGAUCGGCAGCAUCAACUAGCGCUGCAGCUUCAGCAGGAUCGGCAGCAUCAACUGGCGCUGGUAAUGGACUUACAGGAUACGGUCUUGGAAAUCAAGGAGCAGGACAAUUGAAUGCUGGCAGUGGUUUCUUAGGUCAAGCGAACGGAGGAUCAGCAGCUUCAGCAGGAUCUGCAGCAUCAACUAGCGCUGGUAAUGGAGUUUCAGGAUUCGGUCCCGGAAAUCAAAGAGCAGUAGCAUCAGCAAAUUCUGCCGCACAAUCAAGUGCUAAUGACUUUAGAAACGGCCUGAGAAACGGAGGAGCAGCAGCUUCAGCAGGAUCGGCAGCAUCAACUAGCGCUGGUAAUGGAGUGUUUGGAAAUGGUCCUGUGGAUCAAGGAGCAGGGGCUAGAGCAUCAUCUGAAGCACACUCAAAUGCUUAUAACUACAGACGCGGAGAAUUCUUUGGGCCUUAUGGCAUUCAAAAAAUCUAUGUAGAUACCGACUACCUACCAGCAUAUGAAUCAAUAAAUUCCGCAGUAUCUACCUCCUCCUCUGAAGCACAAUCAAGUGCUAAUGACUUUGGAAAUGGCCUUAGAAACGGAGGAGCAGCAGCUUCAGCAGGAUCGGCAGCAUCAACUGGCGCUGGUCAAGCGAACGGAGGAUCAGCAGCUUCAGCAGGAUCUGCAGCAUCAACUAUCGCUGGUAAUGGAGUUUCAGGAUUCGGUCCCGGAAAUCAAAGAGCAGUUGCGUCAGCAAAUUCUGCCGCACAAUCAAGUGCUAAUGACUUUGGAAACGGCCUUAAAAACGGAGGAGCAGCAGCUUCAGCAGGAUCGGCAGCAUCAACUGUCACUGGUAAUGGACUCACAGGAUACGGUCUUGGAAAUCAAGGAGCAGGACCAUCAAAUGCUGGCAGUGGUUUCUUAGGUCAAGCGAACGGAGGAUCAGCAGCUUCAGCAGGAUCUGCAGCAUCAACUAGUGCUGGUAAUGGAGUUUCAGGAUUCGGUCCCGGAAAUCAAAGAGCAGUAGCAUCAGCAACAUCUGUAGCACAAUCAAAUGAUUACGACCACGGAGUUCUACCGGCAUAUGAAUCAUUAAGUUCUUCAAAAACUUCUUCAGCAACAUCUGCUUCAAAUGCCUACAAUUACAGACAUUUCUAUGGACCUCAGCGAAAACAACACAUUGUGUUUGAAACUAAUUUCAUGCCAGGAUACUCAGCACUAUCGGACACUGGUUACGAGCGUUCAGAAUACGGUUCAUCAAUACCUGCAGCAUCCGGAACCACCACUUACGCUGAUAAUGGAGUACCAGGAUUCAAUCGCGGAAAUCAAGGAGCAGAAGCUUCAUCGACAUCCUUAGCAGUUAUAAACGGAGAUAGCACACGUCAAGAAUACAGUGACGGAAACAUUGGAUCAGAAACUUCAACAUCUGCAGUGUCGACAGCAGCUUCUUACGGACCAGUUAACAAAGGAUCGGCCGACUCUGAUCUCGAAUACUAUGGUUUAAAUAAUAAUUUACAACAGAAUGUGAUAUUAUCAACAAGUGAAACAAGAACAGCAGCAGUUACUCCUGAUGCAGUUACCUUAAAUUAUAAUACACCUUCAACAAGUCUUAACGGUUAUGGUCCUCAAGUUAUAACACCUUAUGGAUAUCAAAGACCUCAAUCUUUUAUUACUGUUACAAAGGAAGGUGAUUCAGGAUCAGCAGCUUCUUUGAGUAGUUCAGCACCUGUCUUUAUUGCUUCAGAUCAAGGAAGGAAGCGAGUUCGGCAGACUUGUCGACUUAGACGCAGUCAAUACGCUGUAAGAAUAGGCAGAAAAGGUCAACCGUGUAUGACUUGUUAA